GACUCGACCAGUUGCUAGCCCGCACUCCCAACCCAACUGCAGGCUAGCGAGGGCAGAAGGUCCGAUGGCCCAGGGUUCCGGCACUUGCUAGUGGUUCAGCAGCCGGACACUCGCGGGCUCCCUGACCUUUGGGAAGGCCGCCCUGGCCGCCCACGGCUCUGCCCAUGGCAUUCACCGAGCUCCUGGAGCGAGCAGGGGGAGUGGGCCUCUUCCAGGCCCUGCAGGUCUUCACUCUCCUCCUUCCCUCCAUGUUGGUGCCCUCCCAACUGCUGAUGGAGAACUUCUCGGCCGCCGUGCCCAGCCACCGAUGCUGGGUACCCCUCCUGGACAACAGCACUGCCCAGGCCAGUGUCCCCGGGGCCCUGGGCCCCAAGGACCUCCUGACCGUCUCCAUCCCCCCGGGCCCCGACCACGAGCCCCAUCGGUGUCGCCGCUUCCGCCAACCACAGUGGCAGCUCCUGGACCCCAACGCCACGGCCACCAACUGGAGCGAGGCUGCCACAGAGCCGUGCAUGGACGGCUGGGUCUACGACCGCAGCACCUUCCCCUCCACCAUCGUGGCCAAGGAACAAAACAGAAGCACAGUGAGGGAAAUAAGUUGCCCAGGACCCACGGCUCCAACACUCCAGCGCCCGGCUCAGCCCAGACCGCCAGGAGCCGGAAGAUGGGUCUCCAUCACAUCCUGUCCUGCCGCUACGAAGGAGAAAAGCAGGUCCUGUGAGCAAGGAGGAGAGGCAGGUGGGGAAGGCCUCUCAGGAGGUGAGACCUGGAUUAGGAGACAAGGUCACGUGAAGGUGCGGAGAGAGCCCAGUGGGAACAGAAGUCCAGGUCUGGGGUGUUGAAGGAGCAGAAGGAGGCCUAGUGUGUCUGGGCACAAGGGGUCAGGGGCCGGCACAACGCAAAGAAGGUGGGUGAGGUGCACUUUCUUCAAGUGCAAAAGAAAGUCACUGGAGGCUUUGGGGCAAGGAAGUGAGGUGAUCUGCUUUGCAUUUUCCAGUUAUCAUUUUGCCUUGUGGGGACAGGGGGCUCCUGCUUCCGUGGGCCUGGCGAGAGAGGCGGAAAUGGAACGAAGGUGUCAGGUCUUGGUGGAGGGUUGCCUGGUGGGGGGUGUUCAGGUCAUGGAUGCCCAGACCCGGGCAGGAGGCACUCAAAAAUUAUGGUGGCACGUGCUCAGCACUCUCUGCUCAUCCCGGCAGCCCUGUGAGGGAAGCAGCUGCAGGGCCCCCCUUCUGGGUGAGAAACCGGGCUCAGCACAUACAGGAACCACCCCUGGGCUCACCCAGCGAGCGAUCCACAGAGUUAGAACGCCAGCCUGUGGUUCAGUCCCCGCGCUCCGCUGCCCACCUCCGUCCACUCGGAGUGGCCGAGUCCCGUGUGUGCCACGCAGCUAGCUGGGAGGACAGAGCUGAACCCGCCCCCCGCCCCAGCCCAGCACACCCCUUCCACCUCUGUCGCCUGGCCUGAGAGACCCCCCAGGACCCAGGCUGACCAGGGUGUGCAUCCCCUGAGCCCAGCUGCCGUGCCCACCCUCUCUUCCAGUGGGACCUAGUGUGUGACUACCAGGGCCUGAAACCCCUGGGCCAGUCCAUCUACAUGGCCGGCGUCCUGCUGGGGUCCAUCUCCUGGGGCCUCCUCUCUGACCGGUGAGUAUCUCCUCUCCCCCUCGACUCCUCCUCGACAGAACGAGCGCCAUGGGGACAGAAGUACAGAAAUGGCCCAUGAAUGUCCCCAGGGAGCAGUAUCAGCCUAGAAGCCCACACCAGCUUAAGCCACUCUGUGCGAGAUCCCCUCAAACACAGCGCUCUCUCCUCUGGUGACACCAACCGUCCAGAGCACCUGUGUGCGAGGCGCUGUAGAGCCCCUGCCCUCAGGGAGCCCAUAGUCUUCUGCGGAGAAAUAGACCGCUCUUUCUUCUUCGUCGUCAUCGUCGUCUUCUUCAUUUUUUAAAAAAGAUUUUAUUUAUUUGUUUGU